GCAUGAGUUAACACAGUUCAAUUCGCGCACGUGAGUGAACUGCUGUGCUGCUAUUGUAUUGUUUCUGUAUGUAAGUUUUAGAUUCUAAAAUAUUUUGACCAGUGAGCCAAUAAUAGUCGCAGUGUUAUUGUGUCAUUCGUGCGUAUCGUACACUGUAUAUUGAAGAAGUUUAAAGGGAAAGAAACAUAAUCUACUGAUGGGAAACGCACACGCAGCAUCUUGGGGUUGGUCCUCUUCUACACCAGCAGAAACUGCAGCCACCCCGCCCCCAGUUGAAGCACCACCACCAGUUGUUCCAGUAGAACCAUUACCUCCUUCCUCUCCAGUUGAUGCAACACCAGUGCAUUCGAAAACCGCCACAAAUUCUGUGGGAACGUUUGAGGAAAUUCACAAGCCCUGCAAAGAUAUUGCUCUUCAGCCAUUUGAAGGUUUAAGGUUUAUUGUUAACAAAGGUCUUAGUUCUCACUUUCAGGCGCAACACACCGUGCACUUAAACAAUGAAGGUUCAUCAUACAGGUUUGGAUCAACAUAUGUUGGCACCAAACAACCAAGUCCUACUGAGGCAUACCCAGUUAUGAUUGGGGAAAUGAGCAAUGAAGGCAACUUACAAGCUCAGUUUAUUCACCAAGUUACAUCAAGAUUUAAAGCAAAAUGUAUUGCUCAGACUCUUGGUUCAAAACUACAGUCCGUCCAAGUAGGUGGAGAUGUCGUGUUCAAUGAUUCCACUUUAUCCGUCGUUUGUGCCGACCCGGAUUUACUCAAUGGGACAGGCAUGCUUAUUGUACAUUAUCUGCAAGCAAUUACACCAAAACUCUCAAUUGGUUCCGAAUUAUUAUACCAACGUGGUGCUGCAAGACAACAAGCUAUUGCUUCAAUAGCUGGGAGGUAUAAGACUGAAAACUGGCAAGCAGCAGGCACUAUCGCUGCAGGAGGCAUGCAUGCCAGUUUUUAUAGAAAGGCAAAUGAAAAUGUGCAAGUGGGUGUAGAACUCGAGGCGUCUUUAAAAAACAAGGAAAGUGUAACAACAUUCGCAUAUCAAAUGGACCUUCCAAAAAUGAAUCUUCUCUUUAAAGGCAUGUUAACCUCUGAAUGGACGAUUGGCAGUGCUUUGGAAAAGAGGUUGCAACCGUUACCAAUUACCCUCAACUUAACCGGAACAUACAACAUAAAGAAAGACAAAGUCGCAGUUGGAAUCGGAGCAGUUUUAGGCUGAUUUCCAUUUUUUUUAAUUUUGACUUAAAAAUCUAAGUGUUUCAAUUAGACCUUUUCGAAACCAUAACGGCCAUUUUUAAAUUCCUGCUGGUUUUAGUUGAAAUAACUUCAUUGUGUCGGUUAUUUUUUAGUUUUCCUCCAAAAAAAAUAUUUUCUAUAUCUGUGCUAUUUUGUUGCAAGAUUAGGUUAAAUUAUUGUAGGCCUUUUUAAUAGGACAAUUUCACCCUUCAAUUCAUAUAUCGUAUUUACACCCAAAUGGUUAAGCUGCUGCACUGUAUAUGGUGUCUUAAUGUGAAUUCUGAAAUUUAAGACGAUUUGAGAUGUUUUGGACGUUUCCAAUAAUAAACUAACUGUUGAGUACAAUGAAAGUCAAA